CAAGUGGGUGCAAUGUUGAUAUUUGAAAAUUGAAAAAAGGUAAACCAGCUCCACCCCCCAUUAACAAACCAGCCAUUGCUGUAGCACCAACAGCAUCCAAUCUCAUAAAGCAAAAACAAAGAGACAAUCCUUCCCUUAUACUCUUCUUCUUCCUUUUCAUUCCUUCUUCAUCAUCCCCUUUUUCACUUUAACUGAAAACUGCUGCAACAUUCUCUUUUAAGCAAAAGCAAAUCCUCGUCCCCCCAAAAAAAAAGAAAUAAUAAUUUAACAAAACCCCAUAAAGAAAACCAUGUUCUUCUGUAGCAAUUCACUGCUCAAAAGCGUUAUGUUUAGCAUCUCUUCAGAAUCUGUUGCUUAGAAAGUGAAGAAGUUGAGAGUUGAACUACCAAUAGAAGAAAAAAAAAACCAAGUCUUUGAAAGUGAAAAAGGGAUUUAAGAAAGGGUUUGGGAUCUUGGGUUUGAUAAUGGCGUUUUGUUCCAUGAUUUGUUGUGGGAAAGGUGUGGAUCGGAAGAAGGAGAAAGGAAAGAAGCAACCGGCAUGGCGGAUUUUUUCGUUGAAAGAAUUGCAUUCAGCUACCAAUAAUUUUAAUUAUGAUAACAAGCUUGGAGAAGGUGGAUUUGGAAGUGUAUAUUGGGGUCAGCUAUGGGAUGGAUCACAGAUUGCAGUUAAGAGAUUGAAAGUGUGGAGCAACAAAGCCGAAGUGGAAUUUUCCGUUGAGGUCGAGAUAUUGGCGAGAGUCCGACACAAGAAUCUGCUGAGUUUACGUGGAUACUGUGCCGAAGGUCAAGAACGUCUGAUUGUAUACGACUACAUGCCGAAUUUGAGCUUGCAUUCACAUCUUCAUGGACACCAUUCAUCGGAAUGUCUUCUUGAUUGGACCCGAAGGAUGAACAUUGCUAUUGGCUCUGCUGAGGGAAUUGCCUAUCUUCAUCACCAUUCGACCCCACACAUAAUCCAUAGAGACAUCAAAGCUAGCAACGUGUUACUGGAUUCAGAAUUCCAGCCUCAAGUUGCUGAUUUCGGGUUUGCUAAGUUUAUCCCGGACGGUGCAACUCAUGUCACUACUCGAGUCAAGGGCACCCUCGGCUAUCUUGCUCCUGAAUAUGCUAUGUUAGGAAAAGCCUCGGAGAGUUGCGAUGUGUACAGCUUUGGCAUUCUAUUGCUAGAACUUGCAAGUGGCAAGAAACCCCUCGAGAAAGUGAAUAGAACAGUGAAGCGAUCGAUUUCCGAAUGGGCACUGCCAUUAGCUUGUGAAGGGAAGUUCGAUGAAAUGGCAGACCCAAAACUGAAUGGGAAGUAUGUGGAAGAGGAGUUAAAAAGGAUCAUCCUCAUCGCACUUGUUUGUGCCGAUAAUCGGCAAGACAGAAGACCUACCAUGCUUGAAGUCCUCGAGCUACUCAAAGGUGAGUCCAAAGAGAAAUUAACUGAACUAGAAAGCAAUGAACUAUUUAAGACUCCGCAAACUGUUUGCGACGAUGACGGGAUAACAGCUGCUGAAGAGAACUCAGACAUAAUUAAGGAAGAGAAGGAUUCGAAACCUGCGAAGGAUUCCGAGCAGGAAAAGACUGAAGACGGGUGAUGCUGUGGACAAAACCGAAGUAUUUAGAUGUGAAAUUGUAUGUGUAAUUUGUUUUUUUUUUUUGUUUUUUUUUUUUGUUUUUGUAUUGACAAUGGCUGUUUAUUAUUAGGAUUGGCAGCAAAAUUGGGGCAUGUUGUAAUAUGGAAAGCAUGUUUUUUUAUGAGUGGUAGAGGAUCUUGUUUAGGUUGUUUCAUGUUUGGUCUUCAGUUUUAACUGAUGCUUUUUGACAGACAUUUUGAGUUAAAAUGAUUAUUGCUUUGUGAGAUGAGCAUUUGAAUGAGACCAUCAAAA